AAUCGUUCACCAUGGAUAAAACCACUGUGCGACUUGUGAUAACAGCAGCAAUAAUCAUCGAUUUAACUUUUGGCGCUGACCUCGCUAUACAAUUGCCUCGACAAGGAGAUUCGUCUGUAACUGGUGGAUCGUAUAGGUUGGACUACUCUCCUCCGUAUGGACAACCACCAGCCAACACCACAAUAGCGUCUCGAGAUAUAGGCGAUGUGAUACAUUUUUCACAAGCUCUACCAGGAACCCGGUACGAUUUUUGGCUUUACUAUAGUAACAACACGGAAAACAAUAAUUGGCUCCUGACCUGGACAGCAUCGAUUACAACGG